AUGACCAACUCGUUCCAAGUUCCACUUCCCCAUGAGGCAUAUCCACCGGACCUGGACCGACCCUCCAGUGCUGUUUUGCACGAUAGCCGACCGCCUUCUCCGCGCACACACACCUACGCCGACGCAGAUGCAGAAGCAGAAGCAGAUGACCGUGAGGCGCUGGAGCUGCAUCAAAUCCAAACCCACGAGGAUGCCGACCUGAACGAAUCCUCCCCCUCAGUCUCGUCGGGUGAGGAGAUCCGAAUCACCACGCGCCGCACCCGCUCGCGCGCCAGUGUCCAGUCUACUCGUGCCCAUCGGGGUAAGGACCCGUGGAGUCGGCUGUGUCGAUUCUGGACACAUCAUGUUACCCUCACCGUGCCGCAAAAAAGCAAUCGCGAUCACUUUGCUCUGGAACGAACAUUCCUCGCCUACAUCCGCACCUCGGUGGUCAUCGCCAUGCAAGGGGUUCUGAUUGCCCAGCUAUUUCGUCUCCAGCGAUCCAACCAGGACCAGGACCGACUGCGAUUCUACCAGGUCGGGAUCCCGCUUUCGGUGACCUGUCACUGCGUUGCCGUCGUCGUCGCUCUGAUCGGAGCCUAUCGGUUCUGGCGACAACAGAGUGCUAUUGCCCGCGGCAAGGUGCAUGCGGGUGGGUGGGAAUUGAAUUCGGUCGGCAUUUUGUUAUUCCUGAUCAUCUUGGUGACGUUGGUGAUCAGCGUGGUGAUCAUCGUGGAAAUCGAAAAGAGCCCGACGAAUCUCCUGAAGCGCCUCCUGCUAUUCUGA